CGUGAUGGCGGUUGCUAGGGUGAAAGGUCAACGCGCCGGCGGCACUCCCAACAUGGCUGCCGCCCGGGCUGUGGCGCGCGGUCCCGGAGCUGAUGCGCGGCGGCCACUCUCUCCUCAGGCGGCGCGGGGGCCGCGGCUGCUCCUGCUGCUGGCGGUGGUGGCGGCAGUGGGGCCCCAGGAGGGCGGCGGGGCGCGGCUGUACCGCGUGGGCGAGGACGCCGUGUGGUUGCUGGACAGCGGCAGCGUGCGUUCGGCCACGGGCAACAGCUCAGCCGCGUGGCUGGUGCAGUUCCAUUCGUCGUGGUGCGGCCACUGCAUCGGCUACGCACCCACCUGGCGAGCGCUGGCGGCGGACGUGCGAGACUGGGCUGCUGCCAUCCGUGUCGCUGCUCUGGACUGUGCAGAAGAAAAGAACCAGGACGUGUGCCGCACAUAUGACAUCCACUUCUACCCCACCUUCAGGUAUUUUAGAGCAUUUACAAAGGAGUUUACAACUGGAGAAAAUUUUAAAGGACCUGACAGGGAGCUACGGACGGUCAGGCAGACAAUGAUCGACUUCCUGCAGAACCACACUGAGGGCUCCCGGCCUCCUGCAUGCCCACCCCUGGAUCCUAUUCAGUCCAGUGACAUCCUUUCCUUCAUGGACAGCCACAGUGGCCAGUACCAUGCUGUUGUAUUUGAAAGCAACGGUUCUUAUGUUGGACGAGAGGUGAUCUUAGAUUUGAUUCCAUAUGACAACAUCAUGGUGAGCCGAGCACUGGAUACGGACAAAGCAUUUCUGGGGACCCUUGGCAUUUCGUCAGUUCCUUCCUGUUACUUGAUUUACCCAAAUGGGUCUCAUGGUCUGGUUAAUGUUGCAAAGCCUCUACGGUCGUUUUUCUCCUCUUAUUUAAAAUCCUUACCAGAUGUGAGGAAAAAGUCACUUUCCUUGCCUGAAAAGCCCAACAAAGAAGAAAAUUCAGAGGUUGUGAUUUGGAAAGAAUUUGACAGGGCCAAGCUAUACACCGCAGACCUGGAGUCGGGACUUCAUUACCUGCUGAGAGUGGAGCUGGCUGCCCACAGAUCCCUGGCCGGAGCCCAGUUAAAAACAUUCAAGGACUUCGUGACUGUCAUUGCCAAGCUGUUCCCUGGCCGGCCACCAGUCAAGAAGCUGUUGGAGACCCUGCAUGAGUGGCUGGCCAACCUCCCCCUGGACAAGAUUCCAUACAAUGCCAUCCUAGACCUAGUCAACAACAAAAUGCAGAUUUCUGGACUCUUUCUUACCAGCCACAUAACGUGGGUAGGAUGUCAAGGAAGCCGAUUGGAGUUGAGGGGCUACCCGUGCUCCCUCUGGAAACUGUUCCACACUUUGACGGUUCAGGCCUCCACCCAUCCAGAAGCGCUGGUUGGCACAGGCUUUGAAGGUGACCCCCAGGCUGUGCUGCAGACCAUGAGGAGAUACAUUCGCACAUUCUUUGGGUGCAAAGAAUGUGGUGAACAUUUUGAGGAAAUGGCUAAGGAGUCCAUGGACUCCGUGAAAACUGCAGACCAAGCUGUUCUCUGGCUUUGGAGGAAGCACAACAUGGUGAACAGCCGCCUGGCAGGCCAUUUGAGUGAGGAUCCUAAGUUUCCAAAGGUCCCAUGGCCCACUCCAGACCUCUGCCCAGUCUGCCAUGAGGAAAUUAAAGGACUAGACAGCUGGGAUGAGGAGCAGGUGCUUGUGUUCCUGAAGCAGCACUACAGCAGGGACAACCUGGUGGACACAUACUCUGUGGACCAGGGCAGUCCUGGUGAGUGGGAAGGCAUGGGCAGACGGCAAGAAGAAGGCAAAGGUCUUAACCCCUCAGGGAAGGCCUGGGGACACCAGGACACUGAGAGUCUCCGUCCAGCCCAUAUUCUGGGGCCCAGAACUGACCUUUCCAAGAGCCUGCACCACAGGCUGGACCUAAGACUACAGAGCCCUCAGGGACCCCAGACCCUUGAGGAGGCCAAGGCAGUCGUGCCCUUCCUUGGGGUUGGCUUCUCCAGUCUGGACAUGAGCCUCUGUGUGGUGCUCUACGUGGCCUCCUCCUUGUUCCUGAUGAUCAUGUACUUCUUCUUCAGAGUAAGGUCCAAGCGAUGGAAAGUUCGGCUCUACCACCCAGCUGUGUAGAGUGCCUGGGUCGGUCAUUCCUGGUGACACAGAGGAAGCCUUUGAAAUCACCCACCCACCUGCAGCUUUAAUGUUGGGGUCAGGGAUUUUACAAAUGUGCCCAGCAUGGUGUCGGGAGGAGCAUGUUUUGUUCUGUUUUUUUCUAAUGGAACAUUUUUGCCUUGUCCUCACCUUCCUGGCCUCCAUGUUAGACUCGUGUGAUUUGCCCCUGUAGGCUAGAAGGAGUCAGGUCCAACACAAAGCCACACACCCUUCCGUAUUGCUGCUCCUUCCAGGAGGCCUCACAUCUACGUUUGUUCCCUCCCCAAACCCCAUCUCAUGGGGGCAGUGUCCAGAGAUGCGCAGCCAAAGCACAGAGGCCUCCAGAGCUCACUGCUACAGAUGCAGGCUGUGUAGCAGUUCCUGCACAAGCCUGAUGUGUUUUCAUAGGAGUGCAGGUGCUCUGGUCACCUUGUGGGGUGCAGGGCCUAGAGGCCACUAGGUUAUGUUAUGGCUUCCCUGUGUCUUAAAUAACCAGAUCAGGUGGGCGAUCCUGGUCCCUGUGGGGCAGUGCAGUCUCCAGGAAGCCUCUAGAGCCCCUGUCAUGUCUUUCAUACACACUGCAGAAGACACUGGUGGUAGCGUGGGGUGCUACCCCUGCAUACUAGGCCUCCUGGCCUUGAGGGUAACUUAAGAACAGCAACAUCAGUUUAACAGAUUAAAUACAUUAUUUGUAAAAUCCCAAUGGUAAACUUGUGCCUAAAGACUUUUUAAAAAAAUGGACUAAGCCUACAUUCCUACCGAGGCUCCUCACGGCUCAGGAGCCUCUCUUUAUUUGGACAAAGCAAGCUAGUUGUGUGUCUGUCUGUCUCUGUGUGUCUGUUUGUCUGUCUGUCUGUCUCUGUACAUGUAUGUGUCUGUCUGACUGUCUCUGUGUGUGUCUGUCUCUGUGUGUGUGUGUCUGUCUCUGCGCAUGUAUGUGUGUGUCUGUCUCUGUGUGUGUCUGUCUGUCUCUGCACACGUGCGUGUGUGUGUGUCUGCCUGUCUCUGUCUAUGUGUGUGUCUGUCUGUCUGUCUCUGCGUGUGUGUGCGCGCGCACGCAUUUAUGUGUGUGUGUGUGUCUGUCUCUGCGCAUGUAUGUGUGUGCCUGUCUAUUUCUGAGUGUGCAUGUGUGUGUGUCUGCGUGUACACCUCUGUACUCACAUGGGGAUGACUAGGUUACAUAUACAUUCCACUUUGCAUAUUCUAUAUUUUAUAUUUGCAUCCUUCCCAGUGACAGUUGGUCACAUGGGUACCAUUUAAGACCCUGUAUUAUCAAUGUCCCUGCUGCCACUUAAGAAAAUGGACAGCUGUCUCCUUGGGCUGUUGUUAACCCUCCUUUCAUCACAUGGGAGGAUCAGUGCUGAGAGCCAGGCCUCCCUGGCUGGGGCAGAUGGCCAGACUCAGCCACUUGAACCUCCUGCUUCACUUCCCUGUGGCAGGAAGUGUCUUCUUUGAAACCUGGAGUCCUGUGCUUAAAAACAAACAAAAAAUAGUUCAUCCUGGGGCUGGGGAUUUAGCUCAGUGGUAGAGUGCUUACCUAGGAAGCGCAAGGCCCUGGGUUCGGUCCCCAGCUCCGAAAAAAAAGAACCAAAAAAAAAAAAAAAAAAAAGUUCAUCCUUAGGUAUUUCUAAGGAUAGACACCACUGGUCUGUCAGGUAGAGAAUUGGGCCUAUUUAAGGACAGGUCCAGUGAAAUCCUUCAGCCCACAGUGGAACCACUGGGGAGCAUUGUUGAAGGGGGCCUCAGCUGUGGCCCUGGGGUGCCAUAGCACCUCACAAUGUUUGCAGAAGCUCACUCUGGGCAGAUCCUACUUCAGCUGCCCUUGUAGAGUCCCAGGUCAUCCCUUCUGGGGGACAAGCUUGCCACGGACAUCCCUUUUUGAACUGCUCAUUCUGCAGUGAAAAGGCUUGCCUUCUCCAGGGCCCUGUUCAAUACAGGGACCCACCUUUGGCCAAGUAUAAGGUCUGUUCUAAAGUCUGAAGUUUUAUGAGAGGUAUUACGAUUAAUGUCUAGAAUAGUUCAGUAAUUUAAAUGUUUAUUUAUUUUUGAUGCAAAUAUUUUGAAUAAAAAGCCAAUUGGCAUGAAAAUGUCAAUGAAAUUUCUUAACUUAAAGAAGGGGUACAUUUUGUAUUUAAACUCUAAUGUGUACAUUGUAAGAAUAAAGAAAUUUGACAUUAAUAAAGUUGUUACAGUUUUUUGACAUGUGAGCAGCCGUGUGUAAAGUUAGACUCGGGAUUCUCUAAACCGUUCUCUUCCUUCUAGUUUGCAGCCCCAACUCGGGAGUUCUAGGAAUUUUUGCAUAGAUAAAGUAGAGGCUUUUGGAAGGACAGCCUAGAGGCCAGGCAGGAAGUGAGGAAUGAGAAUCAACUGUGCUGAGAGCUGCAGGACUCCGAGCCUUUGUCAACACAGGAGAGGAAACAGUGCAAGUGCCUCCUCACACUGUUUCCAAGCCCACAGACAGGACUCUAGACCCCGAGCUGGG